CACAACACGACCUGAGCGAUGUAGGGGGGCAAGGUCACGUAAAUCUUAAACAAAUUUUCGCGGGAAAUAUUUCUCUGCUGAAAGGCAGCUUUUCAACCAAAGGCAUCUCUCACCCAGCACCUCUUCCUCCAAACAAAAUGGAAACUGAAGUGCCUCUGAAUGACGCUAGAUGCAAAGAAAAUAUCAGUCCAGAGGGACCAACAGUUUCAAAGAAAUCUAGAAUUGAACCUUCAGAGAAAAGGCAUGAAGAAUACAACUAUCUGGAUGCAAUUCAACAUAUAAUUGACCAUGGGUCUAAAAAAGAAGACCGUACAGGAACAGGGACAUUAUCAGUGUUUGGUAUGCAAAUGAGAUACAGCCUGAGAGAUGGUGUAUUUCCUCUCCUCACUACUAAGCGGGUGUUUUGGCGUGGAGUAGCUGAAGAAUUACUUUGGUUUGUGAAAGGGAGUACAAAUGCGAAAGAGUUAUCUGAUAAGAACAUUCACAUUUGGGACCAAAAUGGCUCCAGGGACUUCCUUGAUAAAUCAGGAUUAAAGCAUAGAGAGGAAGGUGACCUAGGUCCAGUGUAUGGUUUCCAGUGGAGACAUUUUGGUGCAGAAUAUAAGGACAUGCAUGCCGACUACACUGGUCAGGGUGUGGACCAGCUUCAGGAGGUCAUCAACAGAAUCCAAACAAACCCUGACUGUAGAAGGAUUAUCAUGUCUGCUUGGAAUCCUCCAGAUUUACCCAAGAUGGCUCUGCCGCCCUGCCAUUCAUUUGUUCAGUUUUAUGUUUGUAAUGGUGAGCUCUCCUGCCAGAUGUAUCAAAGAUCUGGAGAUAUGGGACUAGGGGUACCAUUUAACAUUGCAAGUUAUUCCCUUCUCACAUACAUGAUUGCUCAUGUUACAGGCCUCAAGCCUGGAGAAUUUGUGCAUACCCUGGGAGAUGCUCAUGUUUAUGUGAAUCAUAUUGCUGCUUUGAAAGAACAGGUAUUUAUCCUCACUAUUUUUAAUUUGAUGUGGAAAUAAUUCAUGAAAUGUUAAUAAAUUUAUUGUAUGGAAUGGAUGAGGGUUUUUUGGAGAAAUCAAGCUGUAGUUUAAAAGAUCUGAAAGCUGUGGCCAUUUUGGUGGUUGAUUGAGCUUUGCUUUGAUUUCUGUUAGAUUUAGAUCCAAUGCAUGUCAGCUUUUUCAUUUUCAUGUAGUCAUGUAUACCUCCUUAUCAAACUGAACUGUAGUGGACACAAGUUCAUCCAUCAGUAAGCUAAACAGAUGAGCAAUGAAUGAAAAUGCAGCCAUCAUCAAUUGAUAAGAGUAGGACGCAACAAAUGAUGUUUUGACUGUAAUUGAUAAAUAAAUAAUAAGCAAUUUGAAGUCAAGUAUGAAGUCAUUUUUUGUCCAAUAACAAAGCUCGUUGUAUGUUAUACUGAUAAGGAUAUAUUUAAUUUGCCUAUCCAAUGGACAGAAGUGCAGAGGAUGUCAUGAGCAAAUCCAUUCCUCCCCCUCAAGAGGUGCACGUGUAUUUUUUGGUCUCACACUGUGUAAUCACACUUAUUUACAUAACAUUUUAAGAGUAAAUUCAUACAUUCCUAAAAGAGUCCUGCAAAUGUACCAUCUUUGCUCAAUAUUCUAAAACCACAACAUGGAUAUCAGAGAUUUUGAUGCCGUUCCCUUGUAUGACAGCAUGGGGUUCAGACUUUGAACUGAGCAUUUGUUAAUGAAUCAAAUACCAGUGACGGUCAGAGUGAUAAGUGCUUCAUUUAAAUUCAUUUAAAUAGAAAUUUGGAAAUGAAGUAGCUGGCAUGCAUCCAAACUUAACCUCAAUGUACCAUUGGUCCUGCAAACCUUUACAAUCUCUAGCAAGAUGCCUUCAAAGAAACUAGGGUAUAUGCAUUCAUGCUUUUUGUUUAAA